UUUUUUUUCCGGUUGUCUCAGUAUCGGUCACACACUCGGUGAAGUCGUUUCAUAACGUUUCACAUCGACGCACGGCCUGCUGUGUGCUACACUGGAGCAGGCCACACGUUACUUUCUGCUGCUUGCUGCUGCUUUAACACUGUACGGCGCUUCGUAAAUGCAGUGUCGAAUGCGUUUAAGCAUAUAAAACAGUGCAAAGGUGUUAAACAAACUUCUAAAGUGACUGUGCAACAACUACCAGACAAUGUGCACUAAGCCAUGGUGAAAGAGUAUUUCGGUGUGUGCCGUUGUUGUGAUGUGCCCUUUUGCAUAUGAAGUGCAUGUGCAGUCAUGAAUCUACUAGGUGUGUUACGGUUUGCCACAGCAAAACGGCACCGAAGUGAUUGUGCAGUGCACCAGUGAGAGCCAGUGACGGGCUUGAAACGUCAAAAACACACACAAAAUAUGGCCGCGACGUCGGAAGUGACGUCCUGUGGCCCUGGAAGACCACCACCAACUGCUCGAGGGGAGCGAACAACAUCAUCGCAACGGGGGAGAUCAUGGCCGUGUCGCUGGAUGCAGCUCGGUACUGUUUGGGUGGCGCUCCUGCUAGUGCUGCUGACCGUUGGACAACUUGGCAGCGUACACGGGGAGAAAACGAAAACAUAUUACAUGGAAUUGAUCUGUAAAAAUCAUUUUCUACAGUUACUUUAUAGAAAAAUAGAUGGUGCUACCCUUCUGUCGAGGAACGAAAGGAACCUUAACUGUGUGGUCACGUUUCAAACGCACUCCAUACUGCAGAGAUUUAUGUUACGUUUCGAUAUGCUACAACUAGACUGUAAUGAUCAUUUGUAUGUAUAUGACGGUGCACAUGCUGUCGGUACGCAUAAGGCGGACCUGACCUGUAAGGACACAAAACAAUCAGUGGGAGCGUUGUUGACGAAGACGAACUUUCUCACCUUCAAGUACGUGACCGACAACUGGGGCACGGAAACAAACGGUUUCAAGAUGGUCAUAACAUCCGUGAAAGAUUCAAAGCUUAACUGCGCAGACUUCCGGUGUAGAUUGCCCGACUUCUGCAUACAUCAGGAUUUGCGGUGCGACGGCAUUAACCACUGUGCGGAUGGGUCCGACGAAACCGUCGAAGCUAACUGCCCCGGUCCGGAUCGAUACAUCAACACGAUCUUCGGUAUCGAGCUGACCUGGGUCAUACUGAUAGGCGUGAGCAGCUUGAUCGUCUGCGGAUGCAUCGUCGGCAUCACGAUCUGCGUGUACGUGCGCAACGCACGCAAUACACCCAACCAACUAAACUCUUCGAUACAGUUGAACCAGAUGAUAGAAUCGAACGGUUCAUCGAAGCAUCUACAAGGAACUCUGCCGCGGGAAACAACAACACUACCUGCUUCGGGAAACUUGCAUCACCCUGCGGGACCAUUAGGGUACCUCCGCAUUCCACACAAAUUGAUGGCCAAAGUCCGUCCCAUUUGGUGCCUGGCAAAUUAAGACAAUUAGGUCCGGAUUUAUCGCAACAAACCUCACAGAAAGACGAGUGGUUUGUCUGAUGAGCGUACGACAGACAGAAAUGACAAGUGAAUGAAUGAUACUAGCAAGCGAAAACAAAACCAAACGUGAGAACUGUACCGGCGAGUGCGAAUGUGACAGACAGCGAGAGAGAGCGAGCGAAUGAAUGCGAAUGAAAGCAGCGAUCGAAAAGAGACAAGAGAUUAAAAACAACAAAUCCGUUACGAAUCCGGUUCGAUACUAAGUGCAACGUAUUAGUACACCCAACACGGCAUAACGUCAGUUGGGUCGUCAACGUCCAAACAACAUCAAUGGCUCGGUGUGCACUCACACGGAACGGAUCGAUAUCGGCUAGUAGCAAACAAGACAGCGCGACACACAUGAGGAAAAUGAUGAAGAGAAAUUAUAUCGACAAUAUAGUAUGCAACACAACCGAGCGACACUAGAACGAAAGGAUAACGAUCGAUCGAUCAUCGACAGGUCGUCGAACGGUGAACGACGCCUGAGCUAUUUGGCAGAAUGAGUGACAACUUGUAACACUUUGAAGCAAUCACGUAUUGCCAACGACACGCUUUAUAAGCCAUUCGCCAUCUUUAAGCUGAUCUAGUGUUUGCUAUACAAGUGCUGCUUUGCAGUAAAGAUCACUUAAUACGUAUGGCAAGAAAGUCUGCCCCGUAGCAAUGGUUUUCAUCGAAGGAUUUGCUCGGUCCUGUUGCAUAUUAUUUGUUCGAAUACGUAACACGUAACGACUAGAACACACAGCUAUACCACAACAACAGCAACAACAGAACGAAACAAGUAAUCAAGCAGCAGAGUCAGUACUGCAGCCAAGUCCCACUACCAUCUUUCGCAAUGCAAAACUGAACACUUCAAUCCAUUGGCAAAUGGAGUGCAGCAAAUUUAACGUCACCAUCACCUCUACCAACAAUCACCGUUAUUAAUAACAGCCACAGCUACUUACUACAUCACUACCACCACCGAAACACACGACUGAAUUCGGAAUAUCGACGCAAAAAAAACAUCUCUUACAGUACAUCAUUCAUUCAAAGAACGACGCAAACAAAAAUCACGCUAAUUGGAGAACAAAUUUUUCGGCACUAUAUGAAGACCGUCUGGUUGGUCAUCAAAAACCGCGCAGGGUGUAUAUUGAAAAAAAGGGAGUAAACAGUGUACCCAAAACUAACAAACAAAAAAAAACGAACAACACGAAGAACACGUUGAACAACACGAACAACAUCAACUGUAAAGAAGUAGAGAAAGAAGGAGAUCAAAGAAGGAGAUCAAAGAACACGAACUCUAGCAAUUAAUGAAAACAAUUAUACCACAUAAUGAACAUUAUGGUAAAUAUAAAAGAAAACUAAAGUGAAAAAAGAAAACACGAACGGAAAAGAAAUCAACCUUAUCAUAGUAAAACAAAAACAAACAACAACAAAAAAAGAUAUAGAAAUCGGUAGAAACUAAUGAAAACAAGAGUCGAAUAUGUAAUAAAUCAUAGCAAGGAUUGUAGCGUUAGUGAAGAAAAUAUUAAAGUGAACAAAACAAAACUCGAAACUGGAUGGGAGAAACCCAAAAAUCCGGUCAAGGCAAAGAAGAGGAAAAUUAUCCAACUUUUUAAUGUUAAUCGUGUACAGGCUCUGCGGAGAUGAAAGCUUAGCUUAAUAAUUAAUGUAAUGUCAUAGAAAGCCUCACCAGAAUCUGCUUUGUCUCUUCUUACAAUGUUCGGUUAAAAUCAACUUUUCUGUUGAUACUCGUUUUAAUUUGGUGGUAGAAAGCAGAUAGUGCGAGCGCUAAAUCCAUUUUUACCCGCUGCUGCGUUUUCGUACCUACGAUACUCGGCGGCGGCCUGUAGAGAUCGUCCUCUAUAUCAGAGUAUCAUCAAACGUCAAACGUGUUUAGGAAAAAGUAGCUUAUCUUCACUUCGUUAUUGGCUCUCCAGUAUUUUCCCACUAGCAAGCUAUCUGGCAAUUCCGGGGACGUUAAGUGUACAUUACUGACAGCAUAAGCAAAAAGGGUAACUUAAAUUUUCAAUGCUGCGGUUCAGGGAGAGCCAUUAGAAUUGAUACAAAAUUAAAGACAGCAGUGUGUAGUAAAAAUCUCACCCUAAUUUAGAGAACAUAGCUAUACACCGAAGAAGGAAGUAAUAGUUGAUGAAGCCUAACCUACACAAAAGCUAACACAUUAUGGGCGCGUAAUUUGUUGUUAAUUUUAUCGAGAUGAAGCUAUCCUAAUACUUUCCGUUGAACCAAUACAGCCAGGGAAAUACUACAGUCAGGGAAAGUUCAACACCAGAUCUGUUCCAUACAAAACUACAGCAUUUAUCUUCCAUUGAUCAGUAUUUGCAUCUUCAUCACCUUACUCCAGAGCAAAGCAGUGCGCAUCAGGAUGCCAAUUCGCACCCCUAGAGAAGCCAUUUUACUGCUAGACACAUACUAAUUAUUCUAGUAACGUCUAGUGCUUCGGCCCGUACCCGCUACUUAUCACACGUGUAUUUGUAGGAACAAUAAUUGUACGGGAAAUAUUUUGACAGGCGUCGCCUACUACUACCGAUUGUCAAAGUGACAGAUGACUGAAACACUAAACAAUACGAUGGGCACUAAAAGGAAACUGUGCAAAUAGUAGUAUAUCCUACAGCAAAGAAGCAAAAAACAAAAGGAAACAGGGAAAUCAGAUAAUAUUUCGAACUCAUCAUUACCCAUCAGCUUGCGCUUCGAAUAAUCACAUACGCACUCACACACACUCACACCCACACGAGAAAGAAGGGGAAUCUUUUUGAGUGAAUGCUCCAACUAACAUCAUUGUAACACCCAAUUGUAAGCCCAAUUGCACACGGAAUCAUUCGAGCACUAUCUUCAUACACUCAUCCGACUGUAGCAUCCUAACCUUAGUAGCUUUGUGACACUCGUGGGUGUAGUAGUUGACAGCGUAAAACAAUAUUGACAGAUGGCAAAAUACAAUCAUUAGCUAAUGCGCACAUCCCAUUAGGAUGUGACGUUUGCUUUAGUUGAGUUUCGUGAGGAACCAUUUUCUGCCGUCUAGGAUGGCAGUGUAGAGGUGAAAAGGGUUUUGCAAAGGGAGAACAAAACAAAAAAACACCUACAUGAAGACGUUCGUUUAUCUUAGGCUUCUUCUUUCCCCCUCCUCCCCAAAAAAACACAUCACCCACUAACCCCUCACAUUUGUCCUGACCCUAUUGGGGAUCAAGGUUGAUCGGAGGUUUUGCCGUUUUUAGAAUUUUUACACAAGAAAAUGAACAAAAAAAAAACAAUCGGCAGUGACAGCAAGCGAGACUGACAGUGUCUCACUGGUUCUUACCGGUGCGUACCGGUAAGUUCCUGUUUGGUAUUUUUCCCACUCUUCAUCCACCUGUGGUUGAAUCUUUUCCGAGUCGGCACCACAAGAUGGCCGAUGAAUGGUUAGGAAAUCACCACGUGUGUGUGCUUUUUGUUUUGGCGUUUAUUUAUUUUGCAAUUGCUUGCAGCUUUCUAAAUGGCUACGCCAUUAUUCCAGGUACGCAGCACUCACAACAGAAACUAGAACAAUAACGCAAGAUAACGCUACUUACUUAUUAGAUAUAGUGCGAAGCAGAGAGAGAGCGAGAGAAUGAGUGGCGGGUAAAUUCGAGCAGCAGAAAAGAUGUACUAAAACGGUAUGUCUUUGCUUUCCGAAACACUGGAACACCGGGGGAGCAUGUUCGCAGGUUGGGAAGCAUACUUUUAGCCCUAAACAGUAGAAGAAAACAAAAAAAAACGUAAAACAAUUAAACUAAAUAGUAGAAACCCUCUAACCGAUAAAUAGAACAAAACGACCUUUUACGUACGUUCCCUUUCCACAAAUCCCUUGCUGUCCACUUACCGAAAGCAUGUUUCAACAUCGAAAGAAUGUCGAUGUGUGUUUCAACAUUUGGCAACAGCGAAAUUAUUAUCCUUGAAGUGCGUCAAACAACAACAGAUGCUCAAUUUUUUUUUGUCUGAAUUGAUAAAAGCAUCGAAAGGAGAAGAAACAAAACACUCUGCUGAAGAUUCUGUUACAUAUAGGCAAUCGGGGACUAAUAGUCGAGGUUUUACUUCAUUUACUGCAUGUCCUGUGUGUAUGUACGUGACUGUAUGUGUACAGAGUGUAGUUAAGGUGUAAGCUUUAUGUUUUCUUACGUUUUUGUCAACCUGUUCACAACACUGGCAGCCAGUUUAAACGAAACAGUAAAGCAGCAGACGAACAUCGGUGUUAGCAGGUCAAACUUUUCAAAGAGAGGCAACAACUGGCAAAAGAAAAUAGCAUCAAAUGUGUCGCUAGACCAUUUGUUAGCCCAUUUAGAAACAAUUUUUAAAAUGCAAGCACACAACCGAUCGGCUAUCUGCUUGUCGAACUAAAGAAAGCAAGGAUCUACUUCAACUACUAACUUUGUUCAAUUUAUGCCAUAUCUACAAAAAAUAAAACAUGGCAAUAGAAUAUAAACGAGGAACCAAAUUGGAACUACACACCUGACCCAACAAAAACACACAAACACACUCGGAAAACCCGAGGGGUCAUCCAAUCGCCAACGAACCUUUCAAUUCUCUGAGACAAUAGUAAUCUUUAAAGGCUAGGGAUGUACGCGUUAUCUGACCAUUAAAAUGAACCAUUUUCUCACUCCACGCUCUUUAGUGCGAAAUAAACGAUAGGUGUAUCAGAAUUUGCUCUACAAAUCUGCUUUCAAAUGCGCCACCGAAGUUAGAGCUACGUGAAACAAGGGCAUGCUGGGCCAUGCCGUGGUUUGAGCGAGAUUGAAAACAAAACUUAAAACAUUGUCGGUAAUUUUUUAAAUUCAAAGCAAGAAAUUCAAGAGAGAGAGAAAAAACCGUCAAUCCUAAUGGCUAAUGGCUCCACUAUAUCACCCAUUUAUUCCCACAUAUCGGAAAACAAAAUUACAGGAUGUAUUAAAAAGAAAAGAAAAUGGAAAACACAUGCAAACUAAACCAUCAUCAUGGCAAAUGUUAUAUCAUGGCAGAAGUGCACGAACUUGGACCAUUUUAUGGCCGACAUAUCCGGAUGUCACUGAAGGGUGAAACAAAGAUAGAUUUAAAAAUGGAAACAAAAAAAAACACACACACUAAACCAAGCGAUAAACGCUCACGAACUAAAACGUACGACACUAAAACAUGAAACCAAUUCUGUAAUAUUGUUUGCUAGAAAGAUAAUCGUUUUUUUUUUAAUUUUCCUCUUUUUUAGUAUUCAUUGGCUACUACUAGUAAGACAGCAAGAGAACAUAUUUUUUUUCUGUAUAGUUAAUUUACUAUUUGUCAUUUUGAAUCGAAAUUAUGGGGGAACGGAUUUUGUUUUUAUUAGCAGACACAAACACACUUACACUCCGAUUGUACAUAAUUUUAUACAGCUCCAACGAUACAUAUGAUUAAAUCUAACUAUAUAUACAUAAUAACAUAGAUACCUAUAACAAAAUAGAGAAAUUAUCAGAUUCAUACGUUAUAGCCAUGCGGAAGCGGAAGCACUACGAAAUACGCGAAAAUACGUUCGCAUCGUUUUCAUCCCUGUGUUUUUUGUUUCAUAAACAAUAAGUUCAUUAGUUCAUGAUGUAAUAGGCAUACGGGGAUAAAAAAAAAACGAAUGUUUAGAGUUUGGUGAAACACGUUCCAACAAACAAAGCAACACAAAAAAAAACGUUAUAUGAAUCCGAAAUUUAGCUAAACGCCAUCACUUAAAUACGACACUCAUAUUGAAGUACGGAAACCGAACAUUUCAAACACCCUUUAAGCGAAAAUUAAGUCUUAGCCGGAAAAAUAUACAAUCACCAGAGUAAACAAAAAGAAAACAACCCCUUUUCCCCGUUCCCGAUAAUAUAGUUAAGCAACAGCACCGUCAUCAGUAGAAACAAAAAAAAAACAAAUGCCAAGUGUUUGAGAUGGAUACCCGCAAAAAACCUUACCAGUGGAAGUCGACGAAAAACGUUAUCCAUCAGAAUAACACACAACUCUAUCGUAACUCUAUCGAAAUAAACCAUCUGUAACAUUUGUCCGUGUGUGUAUGGUAAUUAACAAUGGAAACAAAACUGUAACAGCAACCGCAGCAAAACAAGAAAAAAAAGACAUUUGACAAAGAAGCCCAAAUUCUACUAAACCAAACAAAACAAAUAGUAUAUUUUAUCGGCAAGCAAAAUGGCGGGACGGAAACGUUUGCGAAUAGUAGUGGCGCAUGGCACAACACUAACGCCACCAAACAUGUUGGAAGCAGCUGCUGUAACUACUUAUUGGAAAUAUCGAUUCUGGUUAGGGCAGGUUAGCAGGAAUGGAGCGCAGAAAUGCAGCUGUUGGCCAAUUAUACAGGACGUUUCGGGAAGCUAGACAUGCGUGCAAAAAAACGUGACGAGAAAAUCAUAGAUAACCUGAAACAGACGCUAGGUGUUGGGAAAGGAAACACGAAGGACAGGAAAUUAAGGUAUGCCCCGCGAAGGGUCCGGUUCCGGGGAGUAGUGCGGUUCGGCGAGCCACCGUAGCAUGUAAGUCUAUAGAGCAAUUUUCGAAAUUGAUACGAGAGUCGAGAAGAGACCAGAAAAGAUGGAACGAAACAAAUGAACGGCAAAAAAACGGAAAAAUAAAUAUUGACAUAUAAAGCGAA